AUCUUCCCAAACCUACCCACCCCCCAUAUCUUCAUUCUUCGUUCCCCCAACCCCCCAAUACGUUUUUACAUAGAUUUAGAGAGAGAGAGAAAGAGAGUGACACUGUUUACUUACCUAUACAUACAUAUAUUAUUAUUUAUAUAGAACACACUCUUUAACGCCGAUCGAUUGUGCUUUUCAUCGGUAAGUUUCUCUAUUGCUGUCUGUUGAACAUAUUACAGUAUAUAUAUAAUCUGUGUAAUUGGAGGAUUUUAUAUAUGUAUAUUAUUACACGUAUUUAGGGGCAUGAAAUAAGGUAUAUGCCUUCGGUUAAUUCGCCCUAGGAGAGAUCUUCUAUGGGGCACAAGAAGCGAACCGUCGCUCCUCGGUCCAAACCCUCAAUUUCACCGGCGGCGGUUCCGUCUGUCUCCGACGAUGGGUCGCCGCCGUCGGCGCUUGAUGCUGAGCAAAAGCUAGUUUUAAUAAAUCCUUCAAUUUCGAACGGAUCGUUGAGUAAAAACGAUGCCGUAGUGGUAUUUGAUUGUGAGAAAAACGGCUCAUCGUCGUCGGCUGCUUCUUAUGCUUCGAUUAAGCUUGAAUGCGAGCGUGCCCUAACGUCCCUGAGACGCGGGAACCAUACAAAAGCCCUAAGAUUGAUGAAGGACUUGUCCACUAAGCACGAAAGUUCGUCCUAUUCGGCCUUGAUUCACCGUGUCCAGGGCACAGUUUGUGUGAAGGUUGCCUCUAUUAUUGAUGAUCCUAAUGCGAAGCAGAGGCAUUUGAGGAAUGCGAUUGAGAGUGCUAGGAGAGCAGUGUCGCUGUCUCCGUACUCGAUUGAGUUUGCGCAUUUCUAUGCUAAUUUGUUGUAUGAAGCAGCGAAUGACGGGAAGGAGUACGAGGAAGUCGUGCAGGAGUGUGAAAGAGCAUUGGCAAUUGAAAAUCCCAUUGAUCCUGCGAAGGAGAGCUUACAGGAGGAGAGUCAACAGAAGAUCUCCCCUGCUGAAGCUCGAAUAUCUCAUAUACGCGGUGAGCUUCAAAAUUUGAUUCAGAAGUCAAAUUUUGCUUCCAUUUCUUCUUGGAUGAAGAAUAUAGGAACUGGGGAGGAGAAGUUCAGGUUAAUUCCAAUUAGGAGGGUGUCUGAGGACCCAAUGGAAUUGAGGUUGGUUCAGGCUAGAAGGCCUAAUGAAAUUAAGAAGGCAACUAAGACACCUGAAGAGAGGAGGAAGGAGAUUGAGGUUCGGGUAGCUGCCGCGAGGCUGUUACAGCAGAAGUCAGGAACUGUCAAAUCACAGAAUGAGGGAGAUAAAGCUUUGGACUCAACAGCAGGAUCUGGGCAGAGAGCAGGUGAGAGGAGGAAGAGUGGAAAUGCAAGGAAGACUGCUUCUUCCACGGAGAGAAGGAAUUUGGUGCAAUCAUAUUGGAAUUCCAUGAGUUUGGAUGUGAAGAAAGAAUUGCUUAGUAUUAGAAUAUCAGAUCUUAAGGCACAUUUUAGUUCGUCUAAGGAUCGUUUUGCUAUUGAAGUGCUAUCUCAGGCUCUUGCAUUUGCCAAGACAAAUAAAACUUGGAAGUUCUGGACAUGUUGCCGCUGCAGUGAAAAAUUUGCAAACUCAGAAUCACACAUUCAUCAUGUUGUGCAUGAUCAUAUGGGUGCUUUGCUGCCUAAAAUGCAGUCAGUUUUGCCUCAAAGUGUGGAGAAUGAGUGGGCUGAGAUGCUUCUGAACUGCUCUUGGAAACCAUUAGAUGUUAAUGCAGCAGUGGAAAUACUUAAUAAACAAUCAAGAUCUCAGGGCCAUGGUUUUCUAGAUGAGUCCUAUGGAAGAGAUGAUGGAGAGGGGUCAAAGGAUGACUUUUUGGAGGCUUUCUGCCAUGAAGACGAGUGGGGCACAUCACCUAGAAGGAAGAAAUUAGGGGAUAGACCGAACAGAGAUAUGGUUGAGAGCAGAAAAAAUGAUAAGAUCUCAGACAUUGACUAUAUGGAUUGUGAUGGAGAUGGUGGUCCGAAGAUUCAUUUACUUCCUGAAGGCUUGCCGCUGUCUGAUGACCCUGAGCGAGUAAAGCUUCUUGAAAGAAUCCAUGCUGUGUUUGAGAUUCUUAUUAAGAAUAAAUAUCUUGCUUCAAGUCACCUCAGCAAGGUUAUGCACUUUGCAGUGGAAGAGCUUCAGGGUCUUGCUUUUGGCUCUAAACUUCUUAACUACAAUAUUGAUCAGAGUCCUUUGUGCAUAUGCUUUUUGGGUUCCGAAGAACUGAAAAAAAUACUAAAAUACUUGCAAGAACUUUCUCAUUCUUGUGGCUUAGGUAGAUAUCCUGAGAGAACUGGUUUUCUGGACGAAACAAGCAAUGGUUGUCAUGGAUUUGACGAUCUAGAGAAAAUAGUUUUCAGUGGGGAUGACACAUGUUUGUUGUUUGAUAAGCAGUUCCUGCAACACAAUCUUUCUCCCAGCUCGUGUCCUAAUGCAGUUUCUAAUGAUAGACCUGCAGCAAUUUUGUCUGGUAAUCAGUACCAAAAUGGAGUUAUUAUUGAUUCAGAUGCAUUACUGUCCUGGUUAUUCACUGGUCCAUCAAGUGUGGAAGCACUGGCAUCAUGGACACGUGCAAGAGAAGAGAAAGCUCAACAGGGUAUGGAAAUUCUUCGAUUGCUUGAGAAGGAGUAUUACGACCUACAGGGUUUGUGUGAGAGAAAAUCUGAGCACCUAAGUUACGAGGAAGCACUGCAGGCAGUAGAAGAUCUUUGCUUAGAAGAGGGUAAAAAAAGAGAACAUGAAAUAGAAUUUGUCCGGCAAAGCUAUGAUUCUGUCUUGCAGAAGCGACGAGAGGAGCUCAUAGAAAGUGACAACGAAGUUACGAUUAUCAGUAGGUUUGAGUUGGAUGCUAUAUCAAAUGUUCUGAAGGAAGCAGAAUCUCUCAAUGUAAAUCAAUUCGGAUUCGAGGAAACUUACGGUGGUGGAACAUCUCAAUUUUGUGACUUGGAGUCUGGCGAAGAGGAUGAUUGGAGACUGAAAGACUAUCUUCAUCAGGUGGACUCCAGCGUGGAAGUUGCAAUACAGAGACAGAAGGAACAUGUUUCCAUUGAGUUGAGCAAAAUUGAUGCUCGAAUCAUGAGGAUGGUUACCGGGAUGCAACAGUUGGAAGUGAAGCUUGAGCCUGCAUCUGCCCAAGAUUAUCGGCAGAUUUUAGUGCCUCUAUUGAAGUCAUUUAUGCGGGCACACUUGGAGGACCUGGCUGAGAAGGAUGCAACUGAGAAGUCUGAUGCUGCAAGGGAUGCUUUUCUGGCUGAACUUGCUCGUGAUUCUGAGAAGAGUUCAAGUGGGGGAAAUGAGAAGUCUAAACAUGCCCAUGAAAAGACAAAGGACAAGAAAAAAAACAAAGAGUAUCGAAGAGCAAAGGAUUCAAAGCCUAACAGUGGUAACGAAUCCCAUGUGCUUCACCAUGAGACUGUGGAAGAUGCCUCAUUUGCUGCUCAUGAUGGCGAUGAUCAAGAGAGUGAAAUUCCUCAAACUGGUAACUCCUUAAAUCUACAGGAGGAGGAGUACAGACGUAUGAUUGAGCUUGAAGCCGAGGAAAGGAAGCUUGAAGAGACUUUAGAGUAUCAAAGAAGAAUUGAGAAUGAGGCUAAGCUGAAGCAUCUGGCUGAGCAACAUAAGAAAUCUGCAAGAACAAUUCAAGAGAAUAUGGAUGCAGCUAUGAAUCUUGAAACUUGCCUUUAUCAAAAAAUGUAUCCUGACACUUACUUGAAUUGUUGUGAUAUUGAUCAGAAAAUCAAUGAGCAAUUGAAGAGUAGCGAGAAGAACAAUGUGCUUCCAAACAGUUUAGAAGGUCCUUCAAAGAACUUUCCAGAAGUAAUGGCGCAAAGAGAUGAGAGUCCAGAGGAUGGUGUAUUGAUAUCUGAUAAACGAUCUGCAAGAAAAGGCAGGCGCCAGAAAGGUUCGACUAAAUUUAGUGAGGGGAAGUAUCAAUCUGGUUCUUCUGAAAGGGAAAAUACUGCAGUUAGUGAAUCAAGAGCUCUGGAUUCUUCACAUGAAAAGAAUGGUACCAGAGAUAGUGGAACAAAGACAUUGAGACAGCUACAUGUGGAGGAAGAUGAUGAAGAAAGGUUCCAAGCUGACCUUAAGAGAGCUGUACGCCAAAGUCUUGACGCAUUCAAUGCACAUCAGAAAUUACCCUUGAAGGCAAGUUCAGGGGCACAGAGGAUGUUCUCUGAAACCGGGGAUAUGGGUGAUGAAAUAAGCGUUGGGAAUGUCAAUGAAAUGGAUGUAUAUGGCACUGGGCUAAAGAAUGAAGUUGGAGAAUACAAUUGCUUUCUAAAUGUCAUUAUACAGUCAUUGUGGCAUCUAAGACAAUUUCGAGAUGAAUUUUUGAGAAGAACACCAUUAGAGCAUGAUCAUGUUGGUGACCCAUGUGUGGUAUGUGCGCUAUAUGACAUAUUUACUGCUCUGAGCGUGGCUUCUACCGAGAUGCGAAGAGAGGCUGUUGCUCCUACUACUUUGAGAAUUGCCCUCAGCAACCUUUAUCCCGAUAGUAAUUUCUUCCAGGAGGCUCAAAUGAAUGAUGCUUCUGAAGUACUGAGUGUGAUAUUUGAUUGCCUACAUCGGUCAUUUAUAUCAACCCCAGGUGUUUCGGAUACUGAAUCUGCAGAUAGCAGCUGUAUGGGCUCUUGGGAUUGCUCAAGUAGUGCUUGUACUGUGCAUUCUCUUUUCGGAAUGGAUAUUUUUGAGCAGAUGAACUGCUACAAUUGUGGAUUGGAGUCCAGACAUCUGAAGUACACAUCGUUUUUUCAUAAUAUUAAUGCCAGCGCUCUCCGAACAAUGAAGGUUAUGUGUCCAGAAAGCUCGUUUGAUGAGCUUCUGAAUCUUGUUGAGAUGAACCAUCAGUUGGCUUGCGAUCCCGAGGUUGGUGGAUGCGAGAAGCUUAACUAUAUUCAUCACAUUCUCUCUGCUCCGCCACAUGUUUUCACAACGGUUUUAGGUUGGCAGAAUACUUGUGAGAGUGUAGAUGACAUAAAAGCAACAUUAUCAGCUUUAUCUACUGAAGUGGACAUUGGCGUCCUUUAUCGCGGUCUUGAUCCGAAAAACAAGCAUUACUUAGUUUCUGUGGUUUGCUACUAUGGACAGCACUAUCACUGUUUUGCCUACAGUCGUGAUCGUGGACAGUGGAUCAUGUAUGAUGACAAAACCGUGAAGGUAAUUGGUGGCUGGGAUGAUGUUCUAGUUAUGUGUGAAAGAGGGCAUUUGCAACCGCAGGUCCUUUUCUUCGAAGCUGUAAACUAGUCCAGCUCAAAAGAUGGAUCUGGAUUUUCGCUGGUUUCUUUGAAGCUGUAAUCUAUUUCAGCUUAGAAAAUACACCUCCAUAUACUGCAAUGAAGAUGUGCCAUUGGGCUUCUCCAUUCAAUCGUUAAAGGCAAGAUGAUACUUGUGCACUGAUGUUAUUCAAUUGACCUGCAAAAUUACAAAAUCAUGUGAGAAACUGUACUAUACUGUCAGAAGUUUGUCAGGACGAAGAGAAAAGCAAAGCAAUUGGCCUGCUACCAAGGAAAACUUCUUUGAACUUGUGUAUUACGAUGGGAUUUUUCAGAGGAUAGGAAAGAUAAGUGUAAGUUUUGGUGCGCUUGAUACCUGGUUGCAUUGGUGGAGUCAAGUUUUUGCAGCAUCCGGAAAUUUUGGAAUCCUUACAAUAAUAAGGUGGCGUGGUUGAAGAAAGAAGUACUAGCCACCAGUUAUACCUGGCAUUGAGGAAUGUAUAGAUGUUUGAUUUCACAUUGGUAACUUAACCUGCUAUUGCCAGAUAUUGCUUCUGUAGACAGGAACUUCUAGGUAAUGAUCAUACAUCUUCCUUUUGCAAUGUAAGCAAGUCUGUAUAGAUUGGUCUUUGGUAUUUAGUCUUUCAAGUGAUGCAGCGAAUAGUAACUCUUUCUUCAUUUAUUUUGUUUUUCCCUCUUUGAGGAAAAAAGAAUUUUGAGUGCCCAGAGGUUAUGGGAACUUUGUAUUACGGAUGUCUACGAUAAAUUAAUGAAAGGGAAGACACUAUAUUUUUUCUUCAA